AUGGACAGAACAAGCGACCAACGCCGUACAAGUUCGCCUACCUAUAAUCGACCUCGGGAUACUACACCAUAUCGCUCAAGCUCUACCUAUUUAGAAAGGGAUAACUAUUCAAGUUCUCAUUAUAUACCUUCACGAAGUUAUUCGCAAAAUCCUGAAUACUCAACGAGAGAACCUCCGCAAGGUAUCAAUCGUUAUGAGGGACGAGAAGAGGAAUCCCACCUAACUUUCAGAGGACAAGUCCCGUAUGCUGGUAAUUCAAGAGAUCUAAAACCAUACGGAAGACCACAACUACAACCUCCUCAACCUUAUGAUCGAAGACCACCAUAUCGUGGUGGAACACCAUACAAUAUUCCGCAUUCUCGUCAAAAUGCUGGUGGACCACCACCCCAUAAUCACAGGGAUUUUAGUGGGCCACCGUAUAACCAGCCCUAUUCAAGAGGAAGUCCAAUUCAACAUCACCCACCCUAUCAAAGGCCACCGUUUCACACAUCUCCUUUUCCUCCAGCCACUCCAAGGCCCCCGAUCCCCCAUCAGCCUUUGUUUCCAUUAAUUUCCACAAAGCCUAUACAGAGCCCGAUAUCAUAUGCACCAGCAUUAGAAGAAAAGAUAACGCAAUAUAAAGAAAAGUUCCAACAACUUAGGGAAGAGGAGUUCAAAUUAACGGUUGAUCUUCACAAAAGGCGUGGAGAAUUGAACAAAGCAACGUGGGAACUGACUAAAGUCACGCAUAACACUGCAUUGGCGCUACAACAAAUUGAAGUUCUUUAUACACCGGAACAGAUUGAGGCGCUUGUGAAAGAAGGAAAUACGUCUUGUGAGAACAUAGGGCCUAUUCAGCGGUUCAGAAUUGAAGGGAAGGCAGGAUCUGCUGAUGAAACUACUAUUAAUAAUGCUUUACCUUUGUUGCAAAAUCAUUGCUCUGAAUAUUCUCUUGAAAGAAUCUACAAUAUAGAUGAAACCAGACUUUUUUAUAGAAUAACUAAUAUUAAUAUAUUAGCUGCUAUCAAUAUAAAUCAAUUAUAUUUAUUUGAUUGCAUAAGAGAGAAAGCCAGAAAAUCUAAUAAUCUAUUUUUAGACAUUAUUAAUGCAAAAAGAAAUACUUUAGCAAGUACUUUGGCAAAUACUUUGGCAAAUACUUACCAAGAAAAUUUAGCAUAUGAUGAUCUUGUAGAUGUUUUGCAAGCUUUUAGACUUUCUUAUCUGAUAAAAGUUGAAGAAUUUCUUACUAUUUCUGAAAGAAGAUAUAAUGUAGAUUUGAAUAAAGCAGAUGAUAGCUCUAAAAGUUUUAUUAUUAGUGCCAACACUGCUAUGUCUAGCUUAAAAACUGUUUAUAUGUUUCUUUUUCAACAAGAUGGUGCAGAAAAAUGU